GAUUUGAAAGUGACUGGGGAUUCAGAGAGUAGAGAAGACGGGAGAAAUAACGGAGAGAAGUGACGGUUUUAAGGGAGCCGUUAACGCUGAUAGGAACAGCCGCCAUGUCUUACUGUCGUUUCCUCUUCCUUCUGGCUCUCACCUUCCUCCAGAGCGCCGUGUCCAGUCAUCUCUCUCCAGAGAACCUGCUGGUGAUCACGGCGGCCACAGAGGAAACCGACGGCUUCAAACGCUUCAUGAGGACGGCCCGGGAGUUCAACUACAGCAUCAAGGUGCUGGGUCUGGGGGAGGAGUGGAAGGGGGGGGACGUGGCCCGGACGGUGGGGGGGGGUCAGAAGGUGCGCUGGCUGAAGAGAGAGCUGCUGAAACUCUCAGAGAGGACAGAGCUCAUCGUCAUGUUCGUGGACAGCUACGAUGUGAUCUUCUCCUCGGGUCCUGAGGAGUUGCUUUCUAAGUUUUCCCGCCUCUCUCACCGCGUGGUAUUUUCUGCUGAGGGUUUCUGUUGGCCUGAUCAGAGACUCGCCUCCAAAUACCCCGAGGUGCAUUCUGGGAAACGCUACCUGAACUCUGGAGGGUUCAUGGGUUACGCCUCUGACCUGAGUCUGAUGGUGCAACAGUGGAAGUACAAAGACAACGACGACGACCAGCUCUUCUACACGAAGAUCUACCUGGACAAGGCUCAGAGGACAAAGUUCAACAUGACUCUGGACCAUCGAUCCAGAAUCUUCCAGAACCUGAACGGAGCUGUUGAUGAGGUCGUCCUGAAGUUUGAGAAGUCGAAGGUCAGAGCGAGGAACGUGGCCUACGACACACUUCCUGUCAUCAUCCACGGGAACGGGCCCACCAAGCUGCAGCUGAACUACCUGGGGAACUACGUGCCCACGGCCUGGACCUUCGAGAGCGGGUGUGGGAUCUGUGACGAGGAGCUGCUGGUCCACAGCGACACCCCGGACCAGCAGAUGCCCCUGGUGCACAUCGGGGUCUUCAUCGAGCACCCCACCCCCUUCAUGGAGGAGUUCCUGGAGCGCCUGACCACCAUGAACUACCCGCUGGAGAGGGUCCGGCUCUUCAUCCACAACAGCGUGGUUUACCAUGAGCGGCACAUCCAGCGCUUCUGGGAGCAGCACCGCUCCCUGUUCCCCAAGGCCCGCCUGAUUGGGCCGGAGGAGAACCUGCCGGAGAACAAGGCGCGUCACAUGGCUGUCGAGGCGUGUAAGAAGGACCCGGCCUGCGAUUACUACUUCAGCAUCGACUCGGACGUGGCUCUGAUCAACGCCGACACCCUGAGGAUCCUCAUCGAGGAGAACAAGUCGGUGAUCGCUCCCAUGUUGUCUCGGCACGGGAAGCUGUGGAGUAACUUCUGGGGCGCUCUGAGUCCGGAGGGGUUCUACUCCAGAUCUGAGGACUACAUCGAGAUUGUGCAGGGGAAGAGGAUUGGUCUUUGGAACGUUCCGUACAUCACUCAGGCGUACCUUCUCCGCGGCUCAGUGCUGCGCUCCCGUCUCUCUCAGGUGAGCCUCUACCUGGAUGACACCAUGGACCCCGACAUGGUGUUCUGCAGGAGCAUCAGAGACCAGGGCGUCUUCAUGUUCGUCUCAAACCGCGAUGAGUUCGGGCGUCUCGUCGCCUCAGCGAACUUCAACACCUCCAAACUGCACCCCGACAUGUGGCAGAUCUUCGACAACCCCGUGGACUGGAAGGAGAAGUACAUCAGUGAGCAUUACCCCAAGAUCUUUGAGCAGAACAACACCUUCGUGGAGCAGCCCUGUCCAGAUGUGUACUGGUUCCCGGCGUUCUCAGAGAAGAUGUGUGAUCACCUGGUGGAAACCAUGGAGGACCUCGAUGAGUGGUCGGGGGGGAAACACAAGGACGAGCGUCUCGCUGGAGGGUACGAGAACGUUCCCACCGUGGACACACACAUGACUCAGAUCGGGUUCGAGAAGGAGUGGCUGAAGUUCCUGAAGGAGUACAUCAGCCCCAUCACCGAGAGGCUGUACCCCGGGUACUACCCAAAGUCUCAGGCCAUCAUGAACUUUGUGGUCCGUUACCGUCCUGACGAGCAGCCGUCUCUGCGGCCGCAUCACGACUCCUCCACCUUCACCAUCAACAUCGCCCUGAAUAGCAAGGGGGUGGACUACGAGGGCGGCGGCUGCAGGUUCUUGCGCUACGACUGUAAGGUAGAGUCUCCGAGGAAAGGCUGGUCCUUCAUGCACCCCGGCCGCCUCACACACUACCAUGAGGGGCUGCCCACCACCAGGGGAACCAGAUACAUCAUGGUGUCCUUCGUGGACCCCUGAGAGUGUGUGUGAGAGUGUGUGAACCUUAGUCAACCUCAUCUUCACUGAUCGAGCCAGACAGGGCGGAGAAACAGACGUAGAGACCUUGAAUGCAUCUUCACAUAUCAUUUCAAAGCAGGAGUUCCCACAGGACCCUGAACACAUCGCUGGAGGACAUCUCAGAAUAAGAGUCACUUUGUUCAGGUUUCACCUUUUAGAGACUUCAGACAAGCAGGUGUGGCAUUUCAAAAUAGAGAGCAUUUAUUCAGCUGUUCAUUAACUUUGUUUUUGUUUAAAGCAAUCUUGUCAUUUCAAAAUAAGAGCCUUUCAUUUCUAAAUGUUAUAACAUUAGACAACAUCUGGAUUUUCUAAAAAAAAUGAUGUGAUUGAUUUCACUGAGCAGAUUUCAAAAUAAGAGUUUUUAUUCAGUGUUUGUCUUCACUUCAGACAAGAAACCCUGGAGUUUCAAAAUAAGAGUCUCUUGAGGUUAUCAGAUUGUCACCUUGCUGCCUUUUAAUUAAUCUACCUGAAACUAUGCAAGCAGAGUAGAGCUGCAACUAUCAGAAGGUCAAUAUUUUAAAUGAUUUUUAAGCCUCGUAAAUAAUCUGGAGAUUUUUCUGAUUUUUUCCUUGUUUUUAAAUCGAAAUAAAGUGAAUUUUCUGGGGUUUUAAAAACAACACAUUUUCGGACGUUUAAUUCCCAAAUAAUUGUUAGUUGCAGCUCUAAAGCCAAAAAUACUCCGUGUGUGUGUGUGUGUGUGUGUGUGUGUGUGUUUCCUCUGCUGUUACACUCCUGAAUGUUCCUCAGCACUGACCCUGAAGGAAAUUAAAACGUAAUUCUUGUUCGAGUUUAAAGUGAAUAGAAAUAGCCGUGGAGCAAUGCAUGAUGGGAGCUAAAACAGCGUGCUAUGUGCUGUUUUUCGGCCAAUCAGAUCACUGGGAUUGAGCCCGAAGUCCCGGGAGAAAUGAGGAAGACAGAAAUAUUUUUAUUGUAAAUGUAGUUUUGGAGAAACUGGGAAACACUAAAGGCCUUUUUUCUAUCGUCUCCUCUGUGUUCAUCAUGGUGUUUGUUCUUGUUUGUUUUUAUUUGUUUUAUAUUUCCUCUCCAUGCGUGCCUGUCUCUGGCUUUGUAAAAACUGCGUUAAAUUAUUUGACUGAGCGAAUAAAGUUUUGAGAUUUGAAUAAAUGAUUUUACUGUCA